UACAUUGUUCUGCCCACACACAGGAGUGGAGGAGGAGGAAUUCUUCUCUGUAUAUAUUCUGAGGUUUCUGCUGAUACCUUUGCACAUUAGUAAAGUUUUUCCUGAAACGUCUAUCAGUACAGAAGAUUCAUUCUCUGUUAACACAGAAAAGAUCUUGGCUGUGUGCACUGCAAUGUGUUCUGUAAUUAAGGACUAAAUAGCUUUGCAGUUUUGGCUAGAAACCUUGUUUGACCUUACCUGCAUCUAUACAGAUCACAGAAUGGAGGAACUGGCUAGAGAAAGUAUCAGCUUGCUGGGCAAGAGUGGUCUGGAAGGUGGGACACCCAGUCUAUCCUCCAUGGGAGCUAUCUUCAUUAUGUUAAAGUCUGCACUUGGAGCUGGACUCCUAAACUUCCCUUGGGCUUUUAACAAAGUUGGUGGAAUGCAUACAGCCAUUAUGGUGGAGCUGGUAUCUCUCAUCUUCCUCAUCAGUGGCCUAGUAAUCCUCGGCUAUGCCUCCUCACUCAGCAAACACUCUACAUACCAAGGAGUUGUGAAAGAUCUGUGUGGUCCAGCCAUUGGGAAGCUCUGCGGAAUCUGCUAUAUAAUCAACCUUUUCAUGAUAUGUGUUGCCUUCCUCCGAGUGGUAGAAGAUCAGCUUGAAAAAUUGUGCGACUCUAUACACUCAAACAAUACCUUGUAUGCAAUGAGUGAGGUAUCUCAAUCAUGGUACAUGGACCCACGCUUUGCAAUUACUGUUCUUUGUCUGGUUAUCAUUCUUCCCCUAUCCAUCCCUAAAGAGAUCAGUUUCCAGAAAUAUACAAGUAUUCUGGGAACCCUGGCUGCUUGUUACCUGACAGUAAUGAUUAUCAUAAAGUAUUAUGUGAUGGAACAUCCAGUUUUAAUAAAGCACGAAUUUUCAUCCAAUGCUGCAUCCUGGGCCUCUAUGUUCAGUGUUGUUCCUACUAUCUGCUUUGGCUUUCAGUGCCAUGAAGCAUGCGUAACAAUUUACUCCAGCAUGAAAAACAAAUGUUUGUCCAACUGGGCAGCAGUUUCAGUGGUUUCAAUGCUAAUCUGCUUGCUAAUUUACUCAUUCACAGGUAUCUAUGGAUCUCUAACAUUUGGAGAAGCAGUAGCAGCUGAUAUCCUCAUGUCUUAUCCGGGGAAUGAUGUUGCUGUAAUAAUAGCUAGGCUGCUAUUCACUAUCUCUAUCAUCACAAUAUAUCCAAUUAUCCUGCUGCUGGGAAGGUGUGUCAUACAAGAAGCCUGGUUGAACCACAGAGAAAAGUCUUUGUUUGUAACGCUGACAUAUGAGAGGUGUGUUCGUGUUGUAAUAACAGUGCUGUGGAUUCUUGUCACUUUGCUCAUCGCCCUGUUUGUGCCUGACAUCAGUGAGGUGAUUUCUGUCAUCGGAGGGAUUAGCGCCUUCUUCAUCUUCAUAUUUCCAGGUCUGUGCUUGGUUUGUGCAGUGGAAUCGGAACCAAUGAAUACAAAAGCAAAGUCUUGCCUGACUGCCUGGGGUGCUAUCUCUGUGGUCUGUGGAGCUUUUGUCUUUGGGCAAAGCACAACUAUUGCAGUCAUGGAAAUUAUAGCCAAGUUCUGAGAGAUUACUAUGGCAGAACCAUUUUUAAACUUUAUUUAAUUUGAUGUUUUUAACAUUGUAUUGUACUAAUAAAUGAUUUUAUUUCA